AUGUGGCUCGCAACUCUAUUUAACAAGAUCGUUGCAGAAGGACGGACUCCAGACGUUUGGCAAACUUCCGUGACCGUGCCUGUCUGGAAAGGGAAAGGAGACAUUGCUGACUGCACCUCGCACAGGCCUAUACGACUGCUCUGCCAUACGAUGAAGAUUUUUGAGCGUGUCCUGGAAGCUCGUCUGAGGAAAAUUGUUAGCGUUUCACUCAACCAGUGCGGUUUUGUGAAGGACUGCAGCACUAUAGAUGCUAUCCAUGCUGUCCGAUCCUCCUGGAGAAACAUCGAGAGAAGAACCGCAGUGUGCAUCUUGCUUUUUCGAUCUCGAGAAAGCUUUCGACCGUGUCCACAUGAGCUGUUAUGGAUGUCCGUGAGGUCGCAUAGAGUACCAGAAGAAUAUGUGGGUGGACGAAGCUGCUUUAUGCGAAGCCUACCAGCGUUGUACGAUGUGCUGUUGGAACAAGCAGGCCAUUCCCUGUACGAGUAG